CACACAGUCGGCUCACACGCACAUCCACAGGCACACACGCGUCAUACAGUCCGUCUCUCCUUCUGACAUGGUCGCUCUCGACGGCAUUUGAGCCGCAACCAGACAUGCAGCAGAGUCAUGUCGAAAGCAUCACCCCUCGUGUUGCUGAGGUGAUACAUCAUGAACCCCCUCACCUCAUGAAGCAUCCUCUGCUUGGCUCGAAUCUCCCUCUCGCUCAUCGCAUUCAGCACAUCGAACGUUUGAUGCGACUCCUUCUUCGGAAUGAUCACAGCAAAGGAUGUCCAGUCGAAGAAACAGCUGUGUGGCAGCCAGUAUGAGUCAGCGAUGACCACGGGGAUGCAUAAGUACCACAGAAGACUGCAUUAAGCGGGGGCUGAACACUCGCGAGCCGGCAGGGCACAAGCAGAAUGUGCUCUCGCGGUUGUACUGCGAGUAUCUCGCCCUCGAGACACGGCCGCUGACAAUCCUCGUGGCAUUCUUUCGCUUCGCCGCUGACGGCUCAUCGGAUGCAUUGGGCUCGAAUGACGCAAAGACGGCAGAGCGAAGGUUCCCUCUACCCCCGCCCUUCCUACCAGCACGGCCUGACGACAGGGGACACAUGCAGGAGAAGCAUCUGUAGGUGUGUGUAUUGUGUCUCUCAUAUUGUCAUGUGUUUCACCUGCAAAGAAGGCGAAGAUUGGCCGAUGGCCUAAUUGCAGCCCUCGACUCGCCUUGCCCACCAGCUUGGCCAUCUUGGUCCUCACGGCACUGUCCUGCCUUGACAGCGUCAAAGGGACCCGCUGCACUGCCUGAGCUCUAUCACAGGCGAGGAACUGCUCGAAAGCAGCGAGAAAGGGCCCGUGAGAGGCAAAUGAGAGGUUGGACGCAUUGGGGAAGGAGAAGAUGAAGCUGGCGAUGCUGUUGCCAUCCGUGUACUUCACCCAGCGUGCGACCUUGGGUGGGAGGUCAUCUUUCGGGUUGCUUUGUAGGGGCAAACUCAAUGCGAAAUUCGCGUUUUCUGCAAACAGAGAAGAAUGAAGAUACAGAUGAACCAAAUUGACUUUGUCUGAUAAGUUCGCUUUACGUAUGUCGACAGAGCACGGCGCAGAGACAUCAUUGGCUACGGAAAAAGCGUAUGGCGUGGCAGGCUUGACUGGAGCAGUCCGAUUGAAGAGCGCAGCCAACACCGAAGGUGUGAUCGACGACGGCAUAGGGUCGUUGUGUCUCGAGUCGUUGCGAACACGUAUGCGGUGGUUGUCCUUUGGGUCGCGAUGCAUGGAGCCUCCGUCGCAAGCUUUGGGUGAGCGAUCGACGCAUACUCACCUUUCCCGCCGUCAUGCGAAGAUACCCAGAAGUGUGGCCGCGAAUCUGACACGCAGACAGACAAUGAUAAGGCAUUUCUCCUGGCAGAGGCAUACCGUUGAAAUAGGGGUAUCUGGUCGAUAUCCAGGCGACAAGCAUGGCGACCAUUGUAGACACAAUCAAGGCCUCUGUAAUGCCGGCCUUUGAGGCCGUGAACCUGGGACGCCGCCUGUGUGCCCUUCAUGCGCUUUCUCGCCUUCUGCGCCGACUUGGACCACUGAGAUGUGAAAAUGGGAAGAAAGAAGGCGUCGGCUUCUUCAGGGCGCUUCGUCGCGUAGACAGAUCGCUGCAUCUGAUACCACACGACACUGCAAGGAUUGAAGGGAUAGGAAGUCGCCCAUUUGUGUAUCUCUGACUUCUGCGUAACUCUCCACACCAUAAGCGCUAUUCGUGUCUGCUCUUUGGCACCAUGUGCAGAGGUAAAGGAGAACAGCAAUCCAUUCACAGCACGCACACGCCUCCUUGCUUUCCUCACCUUUCUUGACCAUGACCUUUCCCGAGAGCAUUGGCGGCAGCUUCAGCCGUAUAAUCGCCGACUCGUUGUGAACACGCCGUUGGACAGCAUCCAACUCCGCAUUGGUUGGAAUCGGAUACUGAUACACCCUGAAUGACUCCCGCAUAUCAUCGAUGACCUCCUUCACCGCACAUAGAGCCAGCACAUACUCAGGGUCGGCCAGGCUCGUCCCGUAGUGAGUGGUCCUGUCGAUGAAGUCCUCAAGAAUGGUCUCCGCCCGGCUGGACCGCAGCAGACACUCACACUUGUCACAUAGAUACUUGCUGAAGUACUCGCCGUAAUGAAACGGCCGUCGCUUCUGCUGACGGUACGGCCAUAAUUGGGAGAGAUGGUGGCUUCUGUGCUGGAUGUUUGGGACAGUUCCAGCAGGUGCAUCUUGUGAAGUAGCUGACAAGGGCGAUGUGAUGCUCAGAAGUGUCCCAACCACCUGAAAACUUACCACAAAAGAAGAGAGCUUGUCCGAGCACCUUGGAUGGUCAGUCUGCCUUUUGGAUGGUUUCUUAACAGUGUGACGAAGCAUGCGAGUGUCGGUAGCGUCGGCAGGAUGACAACCGUCCUCCACAAGCCACCAUCUUCGGCAGGAUCCUUAAUAAGCUCCGUCGUUCCAGCAGCUGAUGACGAGGGCAUAUUCUUGCUGUUGUUUUCUGCUGACGAAUCGUGUAAGUACGUGCCUCCCUCGUCCAUCCAUAGAAGCAAUCAAACACCAAAGAUAUUC